AUGUCCGCCCACUACACUGCUACAAAUAUCCCAGGACUUCCAGGUUCAUCAAACACAUUAUCCUUGGUGUAUAACAUCUCCAACAAAGCCCCUGGUCUGGAGACGCCUCCAGAAGAUGAAGCAGAUCAACCUCAUUAUGUACCAGGGGCGACAUCUCUCAUAUCCACAGCGUUCUUUUCAGGCUCUCAUAACUCAAUCUCAGACGUCGUAUUUCGUUCUUCAGAUGGCGUAAUGUUCUAUGUAGGAACUGACGACAUUUUGCACAAGUCGGGCAAUGCUUUCGAACCUUUCCUAGGCUCCUCAUUGAGCGAAGAAAGGUUCAAAAUCAGAAACGGUGCUAUAAUCGACAUACCAGAGUCAUCCGCCGUCCUCGACGUAAUAUUGCACACGCUGUACCAUAUUUCAUGCGCCAGACAUGCUCCUACAAUUGACGACAUCGAAGAAGCUGUAUAUCGUAUGCCUGUCUACGGGAUUGACCCCAAAGCACACAUUGUCCCCGCCAACCCGUUAUUCGACCUACUCCUGUCGAAAGCUCCCUUGUAUCCAUUGCGCAUAUACACCUUAGCCGGCCAUUUUCGUGCCCACGAGCUGGCGCUAAAAACCUCAUCCCAUCUUCUGUCAUAUAACCUUGCAAACUUGACGGAUGAGAUUUCGAUUCGCAUGGGACCCAUUUAUCUCAACAAGCUCAUGGCGCUACACCUGAAUACGGUUGAUUCGUUGAAAAAAAUUAUUCUGCAACCUCCCGACCCUCAUGGGAGGAGCAACCUCUGUGGCUCCGAUGAGCAAAAGGCGCUGGCGAGGGCGUGGGCUCUUUCGGCGUCAUAUCUGGCGUGGGACUCCAAUCCGGGUGAGUUGGCUCGUAAUGCGCGCGUCCCUAAUUUUCGGCAUCGGUGCCACUAUUCUAAUUUUCUGACCGUCGUUUUUUUUCGAAUGGAGAAGAUGUCUCGAUAA